AUGAAUUUAAAAAAAACAAGGAUAAUUGUUGAGAGAAAUCGGAAAAAAUCAAAUAUUAAAUCUCCAGUAUUAUGUUGUAAUUUGGUAAAAUUUGAAAUAUAUGGAAAUGAAGAUCUUUAUGAUAUAAAUAGAGGGAAAUUAAAUAUAAUAUUUGAGAUAAAUUUUGAGAAAUGUCAGAUUAAGUCCUUGAUAGUGAUAGUGAUAUGUUAUAAAGACAUUGAUUUAUGA